UUAAUUUUUGGCCACAAGUGUGUAAAUAGAGGUUAUGAUGAUAAUUUGUUUCGUUUAAAUACUUAAAAAUUGCGAUUUCAUUAUUUGUGUGCGAUAAGAUAAGAACAUAACUUUGUCUAUUAUUUGUAAAAUGUCAACAGAGAAUAUCAUUAGAAUGGAGGAAGAGGAAUCAGGUGAAUGCAACAAUGAGCUGUCUUUGACUAGACCGAGUCUGGGAGGCUCCGAGUAUGACGAUGAGCUGGGAAUCCCCGAAUCCCUCAUUAUCGUGGAUGUGGGGGAUGGCCCUGUUGUCAUAGAGCACUCAGAUGAGGAAAUUGAAGAUGACGUCUUCGACGGUUUGCCCUUUUCUUCAAUUCACAAACCGCCAAUCAAAUUCAAGUCUUUCCGACGAAAUGUCUUCAUCCCGUCCCUUGAUAUUUCAGUAACCAUCAAAGACUACGAACGCAACUUAACAACGCACAUGCUUAAUCCUAACUUAUAUACCAUUUCCCUAGUCCAUGGCACUUUCAACUGGCAAAUCAAAAAACGCUACAAACAAAUCCAGCACUUGCACCAACAGUUAAUUCUAUUCAGGGCUGGUUUAAACAUCCCAUUUCCCAGCAAAACGCACAAAAGGAAACGCAAAAGUUUCAAAAUGAACGUCCCGGAAGCUGGACGCGGCAAACGAAAAGCGGCGCUUCCAAGGUUUCCCAAAAAACCGGAGAUUCUGGUACCGUAUGAAAAACUAUGCGAUCGGAUCAAGCAGCUUGAAAAUUACCUCAAUAACUUGCUCUCUAUUAAUAUUUAUCGCAACCAUCCUGCCACUAUCGAAUUUUUGGAAGUUUCGCAUCUAUCGUUCGUCCAAGGUUUGGGUAUUAAAGGUAAGGAAGGAGUGGUCAAAAAACGGACAGGAAGCACGCAGCCGGGACAAGCGGGGUGCAAUUGUUGCGGGCUCAUCAGGUGCAUGUUCUGCAUAAGAUGUCAGCACUUGUGCAAGGACAUUUUGUGCGCGCGCUGGAACGAGCGCUGGUUUUUCAUCAAAGACACCUGUUUCGGCUACAUUAACCCUGAUGAUGGCAUGAUCAAAUGCGUCAUUUUAUUCGACCAAGGUUUCGAGGUGGCGUCCGGUUUGUACUCCAUCGGUUUACAGACCGGUUUCCAAAUCCAAACAUUGAGUCGCCAAAUCGCGUUUAAAUGUUGGACGAGGAGGAAAAGUCGGGAGUGGGUGGAGGCACUCAAAGAGGUGGCCUCGGGGACUGCCCGGGAAUUCACACAAGCCAACCAACACCGCUCUUUUGCACCUUUAAGGACCACAAUUGCGGCGUGUUGGUUCGUAGAUGGCGCUAGUUACAUGUCGGCGGUUGCUGACGCUAUUGAAAAUGCAAAGGAGGAGGUUUUUAUCACUGAUUGGUGGUUGAGUCCGGAGAUUUAUAUGAAACGGCCAGCGAUUAGUGGCGAUUAUUGGAGGUUGGAUAAGUUGUUGCAAAGGAAGGCUGCGAGUGGUGUUCGGAUUUUUGUGCUACUUUACAAGGAAGUGGAGUUGGCGUUGGGAUUAAACAGUUACUAUAGUAAGCAAACUCUCGCGGAAUUAUCGGAAAAUAUCAAAGUUUUGCGACACCCGGACCAUGCCCGUGUUGGGGUUUUUCUGUGGGCACAUCAUGAAAAAAUGGUCGUUGUGGACCAAAGUUACGCGUUUGUUGGCGGCAUUGAUUUGUGCUAUGGACGCUGGGAUGACGCCAAACACAGAUUGACAGAUCUUGGAAGCAUAACACCAUCAAUUGACGUUUCAACGUUGAAAAAGAAAACAUCAAGUGUGCCAGGAGGCGACGCGAUUUACCCAAUCCCUAUCCCGAUUUACAAACAAACGCCAAUCCCGGUUGUAACCGAACCGGAAGCACCCGAACCUUGCCCCCUCCCUCAACUAGAACCUGGCGACACUCUUUUAAUACCAACUGUUAAACUCAAAUGUAACACUCCUGACAUGGAGCGCAAAAACGUAAUAGACACAAUCAAAAACACGGUUAAAACAAAAGGAAAAGAUCUCAUCUCAUUGGUUUACACUCCUCAUGAAGAUAGCGUCGAGAAAACAGAGGAAGAGAAAAAACCACAAACACAGGACGAGUUUUUGGAAACUUUGAACGGAUCAUCGAAAUUGUGGGUUGGGAAGGAUUAUGUCAAUUUUAUUGUUAAGGAUUUUAAUAAUUUGGAUUCGCCGUUUGAUGAUUUUAUCGAUCGGGUGACCACACCUCGGAUGCCGUGGCAUGAUGUGGGGGUUUGUGUUCAGGGGGCUGCCGCUAGAGACGUCUCGAGACAUUUUAUCCAACGGUGGAAUGCCACCAAGUUGGAGAAAGCCAAGUCGAAUAAAUGCUAUCCUUAUUUAUUGCCGAAAAGUUACGACGAUUUUAAAACUUUGCCGAUUGUGUUCCCGAACGAAGUUAGCAACGUUUCAUGCCAGGUCCUCCGAAGUGUUAGUACAUGGUCUUGUGGUUUUUUAGAACCAGAUACAGUCGAGCAAAGCAUUCACGAGGCCUAUAUUGACACUAUUAACAAAGCCCAGCAUUAUAUUUACAUAGAAAAUCAGUUUUUCAUCUCACUGCCGUACACCAAUCCAAACACAAGGAACCAAAUAGCCGAAGCGCUUUACAAACGAAUUGUCCGAGCUUUCAAAGCCAAAGAAGUGUUCCGUGUCUUUGUUGUUAUGCCGCUGUUGCCUGGCUUUGAGGGUGAAGUUGGGGGGCCCACAGGCACCUCCCUGCAUGCCAUAACACACUGGAAUUAUUGCUCAAUCUCGCAAGGUAAAGAUGCGAUUUUGAGUCGGUUACAAGAGGCAGGGAUUGAGGAUCCGAGCGAUUUUAUUUCGUUCUACGGUUUGAGAAAUCAUGCGACUUUAAACUGUGAGCCAAUCACUGAAUUGAUUUACGUCCACUCCAAGUUAAUGAUAGUCGAUGAUAAAACUGUGAUUUGUGGCUCGGCUAAUAUUAACGAUCGCUCUCUAAUCGGUAAAAGAGAUUCGGAAAUUGCCGUUUUGAUCGAAGAUGAGGCCUUCGAUGAUGGCGUGAUGAACGGAAAGAAGUUCCCAUGCGGAAAAUUCGCAGGGGGUUUACGUAAAUAUUUAUUCAAGGAACAUUUAGGUUUGUUGGGGAAGGAGCACGAAAUGAUCGAUUUUGACAUAACCGAUCCAAUCUCGGAUUAUUUCUAUAAAGAAGUUUGGUACAAAACGGCCAGUUUGAAUACAGAGUUUUACGAAAAAGUCUUCCACUGUAUUCCAACAGACAGGGUGAAAAAUUUCGCCGAUUUGAAGAAAAAUCAAGAGGAGAAGCCCCUGUAUAGCAACGAGAUUUCGCGGGCUGAAAAAAUGUUGGAGAGUAUUCAGGGUCACCUUGUACUCUUGCCUUUACAUUUCCUGAGUCAGGAAAGCCUGACUCCUGCCGCUAGUUCAGUAGAAGGGAUGAUGCCAACGUCCUUGUGGACUUAAAACUGAUAUUACGACCGUCCAUAAACAGGUGCUACAAUUUUUAGCCAACAGCAUUUCCACAAAGUGACUUAAAUGUGUGCGCAAAUAACAAAGCUUCCAAAGAUAUUAUUUAUUGUGUCAGUCGUUGUUUUAAUUUGUUACAACUUUUACAGUAUUAUACAUUUUUAGAAACCAUGUUCGCAUUUACUCUGUUUAUGUCAGCUAAUUACAGUUAUUUAUCUAA